AGGGCGUCCCCGCGGAAACCGCCCGCGCCGCCUCGCGUUCCGUCCGGGCGGUGCGCGCCAUGGGGGAGCCGGGCGCCGCGCUGGUGGACUGUCACUGCCACCUCUGCGCCCCGGAGUUUGACGACGACCUGGACGACGUUCUGGAGAAAGCCAAGCAAGCCAAUGUGAAGGCCCUGGUGGUGGUUGCUGAACACUCUGGAGAGUUUGAGAAGAUCAUUCGACUUUCGGAACGGUAUGACGGGUUUGUUCUGCCGUGCCUCGGUGUCCACCCCAUCCAGGGCCUAUCACUAGCAGACCAGAGAAGUGUCGCUCUGAAGGAUUUGGAUGUAGCAUUGCCCAUUAUUGAAAAGUAUAAGGAUCGAUUGUUGGCAAUCGGAGAGGUUGGACUUGACUUUUCCCCCAGGUUGGCUAGCACUGACGAGCAGAAGGAAGAGCAGAGACAAGUGUUCAUCAGACAGAUCCAACUGGCCAAGAGACUCGGUUUGCCCUUGAAUGUGCAUUCCCGAUCAGCUGGUCGACCCACCAUCAGUCUCCUAAAGGAACAAGGUGCCGACCAAGUGCUUCUGCACGCAUUUGAUGGGCGGCCGUCGGUAGCCAUGGAUGGGGUCCAAGCCGGCUUCUUCUUCUCCAUCCCUCCCUCCAUCAUCAGAAGCGGACAGAAGCAGAAGCUUGUCCAACAGUUGCCUUUAUCUUCAAUUUGCUUAGAAACAGAUUCUCCUGCACUAGGACCCGAGAAGCAGGUGCGGAAUGAGCCUUGCAACGCCUGGGUCGCUGCCGAGUACAUCGCACAGGUCAAGGGCCUCCGCGUGGAGGACGUCGUGGCUGCCACCACACAGAACGCACUGAGACUCUUCCCCAGGUUGCGGACCCUGCUCCAGAAAUAGCUUCAGACCCAGUGCAGGCAAGCCCGGCCCAGGUUCUGCUCCUGACCCCUCACAGUCCCCAGCACUGCUCGGGACCCGCCCCCCGAGCCGAAGGAACACGGUCGCGUGCUGACCCCCCAGUGGCAGCAGCAGCAUGGGGAGGAGGGGCCGGUGGGGCUGGAGAGAGAAUGGGGCGCGGUGCUUCCCUCCCUCCACCCAGAUCCAGCACCAGGGUGGCCGGAUACCCGCACUCCAGAGAGAAGGCCACCACGGCGCGCCCAUUUCUCCACACCCACUUCUCCAGGCAGAGUUCUAGCCACUGCUGCAGGCAGGAGGGGGGACGUGCUGUCCCUUGGCCCGCCAGACAGCAGCUCCUGUCAGCGGGUUUCUGAGGGCUGAGGGGAAGAUGCCAAAUCGGGACUCCUAGGGGGCACAGAACUCAUUUCUUCCCUAGCGGGGUCAUGAGUAAAGGGAAGUUUCACGCACACUCCGGAACCUUCCUUCCCAGUUUGUACAGCUGCAGAUUCUUCGUCUUUAAGAAAAAAGGUACAGGGGCUGGAGUGAUAGUAUAGUGGGUAGGGCAUUUGCCUUGCACGCGGUCGACCUGGGUUCGAUUCCCAGCAUCCCAUAUGGUCCCCUGAGCAUCGCCAGGGGUAAUUCCUGAGUGCAGAGCCAGGAGUGACCCCUGUGCAUCACCGGGUGUGACCCCCCCCCAAAAAAAAGCAAGAAAAAAGGUACAAACAUGUAUAUUGGUCUCAGAUAUUUCCUCUUAGAGAUUAGUGGUUUAUGGAGUCACCUUUGAGUACUAAACCCAAAGCUUCAUGAGUUGAUCUUAAGAUUUGUUUUAAUUCUGUCACUUUAAAAAUGUUUAUUAAAAAUGUAUCUGAAUGUUGAUAGAGAAGGGAACACCAAGUAAAAUGUGGUCGGAGGCCAUUCGGGGGAAGGGUGAUGCGUGCUGAAUGUGGACUAGAGACUGAACACAAUGGCCACUCAACACCUUUAUUGCAAACCACAACACCUAAUUAGAGAGAGAACAAAAGGGAAUACCCUGCCACAGUGGCAGGGUGGGGUGAGGGGAGAUGGGAUUGGGGGGGUGGGAGGGAUGCUGGGUUUAUUUGUGGUGGAGAAUGGUGGUAAAGGGAUGGGUUCUCGAACUUUGUAUGAGGGAAACAUGAGCACAAAAAUGCAUAAAUCUGUAACUGUACCCUCAUGGUGAUUCACUAAUUAAAAAAUAAAUAAAUAAAUAAAAAUGUAUCUGAAU